AUGCUCUUUAAUCUUUUUGUCCUUGUCGCACUGGCGGCACAUGUCACCUCUGCCCCUGCCGAGACUCUGUCUGACCCUUCAGUCCCCACCACUCUCCCCAAACCCCCCAUCUUUGAUGGUUUCGUCCCCCCUAAUUUCCUCCGUCAUCCUCCCCCCACUGUCAGCGGUGCCGAUGACGGUCACAAGACGAAGUUCCUUGUCAGCCGUUAUGUCCCACUUUCUGAAGGUGGGUGUUUCCACGGACGAACUGCCCCGAGCAUGGACGAAGAGGCACCCUGGGAUGGCAGAAGUGUCCGUUGCACCUACUACCCAGAAGGGCCUUGCCCGAAGGUCAAGAAGUACAGGUUGAUUCCCGGUUAUGAAGGCGCUGCUAUCCAGAACGUCUCCAUCACCGCUUCGUAUGAGUCCAUGGAUCCCCUGCUAAUCAGGAUGACGGUCAACAACACCACUCCUCUGCCCAUCACCUUCUGGAAGGAGUGGUCACCUGUCAGUAAGCGCGGUUGGGAACUCGGAUACUUCUCUAUCGAGUCCGAGAUCUGGGGACAGUUCUUUGGCAGGGUUGGCGAGAAGUACCGCAUGGCUACUCUGACUCGCGAGGAUAUCCCCGAGCGCCCCAAGAACAUCGACGAACUGGUUCAGCUUAACCCCGGCGAGUCUGUGUCUGAAGUUGUCACCAUCCCCUACUGCGAACUAAAGGAAGGCUCCCAGCAUUGCAAGCCUUUCAUGUGGGAACGGUGGACGGAGAUGCUUCGACUUGUGGGUAUCAAGCGCAUCUUCAUCCAGGGAGACUGGUAUGGUGUCUGGGCCCAGCCUAAGGAGGAGGUAAUGGCCAAGAUGGUUGACAACCCCAUGGCAGGUUACUGGACUCGCUGGUGGGCCAAGAACGUUCUCUUCCCAACGGAGGAGCAGCUCAAGGGGUUUGGGACCUAUCUCCCAUACAAAGAGCCUUGGUACACGACUAAGGCUGCUUUGACAGGUGUCUUGCCAUCGAACAGCACCGAGGUCAACUAA